GAAAUAGAAGAGGAAGAAGAGGAGCAAGAAGAAGAAGAAGAAAUAUAAAAAGAAGAAAGAAGAAGAAGGAUAUCAUAGUGAAUUGAUACGAGAUGACGGCAAUGUUGGUGUCCGUCGCAGAAUUGUCGAACAUUUUUUCUGUCCUAGCUGUACUGAUAUGUUUCUGCGGGGUCUUCUUAUUUAUUAUGAGGAACAUGAUAGUGUUACGAGUUCAUGGAGACGAGCUUCUGUUUGGCAGCAGGGGCAGCGUCAUAACACAUUCACCACGUAUUCCACAAAUGGAAAUGAUGAAGGUUCACAUUCCCUUCACCUUCAAACUUCACGAAAGCUUCAAGAGCACCUAUGCUGAAGUUGAGUGUGAAGUAUCCAGUCAAGUUGAGUACUCACUACAAGCAAUGUGGGGUGUCAGCAUAAGGGAACUUCACUUGGCCCUUUGGAAACCUUGGAGCAAUCUCAGAGAAGCGUCCUUGAAUGGUACGCUUCUUCAAAGCCACGCUCAAUAUCUAACACCACCACAAACUAGACAAUCUCACGGAGAAGAAACAUUGAGAUUAUCACUUCCGGCCCCAGAAUUAGAACUGGGAACACCACCACGACUUUGUUAUCCAUUAGUGAUCUUUCUAACACGUAAAGAUAAUGGUGAUCCACAUCCCGAUGAAACUGUUGCUUUGGUGAAUGUCGUCCAUAUCAAGGAUAACGUAUGCACCUUACCAACCUCAAUACUGGCACAAUAUUUAAAACAAGCUAAUGGACAAUUAUCUUGCCUCAAGCAACUCUAUUUGGCAACCGGCAAUUCAACAAAUUACGACGAGGGUGAAGUGUCAUCUGGAUUGGGCCCAGCAUUGGCAUUAGCCGAGCCAUGUAACAACAAUGGAAGUUCUACCAGAGGUGCAUUAGUAGCAUCGGGUAACAGUGAUUCAGAGGGUUCAUUUUGGAACACAGCUGGUGAACAAUUAUGCGUUGUUUGUCAAUAUUUCCCAUUGUCACGUGCAUUGUUACCGUGCAGACAUACAUGCAUAUGUGCAUCGUGUUUCUGUAAACUCGAUCGUUGUCCUAUGUGCCGUAGCCCGAUAAAAAGUUAUUUUUGUAUUCGCGGAGAAGAAUAUAUGCCAAUUGAGAAGGACACUAAUUCGUGUUGCAAACAAAGACAACAGAGUCAUGGGCCAACUCAUUGGUUACACGAUUGGAACGACAGACUUACAGAUUUUCUCGGAUUUGCACGAUAAAUUAUUAUUUUUCACAACAUUAACACCGCCAACCAUUCACUUAUUAAUAAUCAUUAUUAAAACCUUUCCUGACAACCAACAUCCUUCUUCUCAUACUACUACUAUUACUACUACUACUACUACUCCAUUUGUUCCUUUCAUGUCCCAUAACAUCCAUCUCUUAAUCUUCCUACUACCAUCACAUAUAUUAUUCUCUUUCAUUUCGAAUUUUUUCGAUCCAACCUUUUUUUUUUUUUAAUUAUUCUUAAAUGA